AUGAGCUCCAUGAAUGCCACCUUGUCAUUUGAACCUGAGCAUCGUAAGGGUGUAGCUGGCAGUGGCAUCGAUCCUGAAAAAAUGGAAGACUGGUCGAAACACCACGAACACGAUGAGUAUGUGUUCGUUAAAAGUGACAAUAAAGUUGAGGACGAUGUUGACGAUUCCCUCACUUCUGUUGCGUCUGAUGAGGAGGAUGUUGAGUCUAUUUGCACUUCCAGAGGAAAGAGGUCUCCUAGCAGAAGCAGAGGCCAUUCACCAAAGAGAUUGAAGCAAGCCAGUGAAGUUUAUUUAUCAGAUGUGGAGGAUGACGAUGUGGAGGAAAUAUCACAGGAGGGAGUCGUCGAAGUGCUGGAUUGUGAGUCGGUAAGGAGUUUUCACUCUGUAGAUGGAACCUUAAUCGAGGAGUCCAAGGACACUAUUGACGUUGACGUCGGUGCUGUGGCCGCUAUGGUUGGUGGACUAGCAUGUGCAUUGUUCUACGCUUGGAGGGGGAAAGGCCAAAACGCUAAAGAGAGCAUGAAGAUUUUCAGUCGUGGUUUCGAAAGUGUCUGUGAUAAAUUGUGA